CCUGAACCUCCACCAUGCAUAUCCUAACAUCCCUCCUAGCCCUGGCCCUAACCAGCCUCCAGCUACAGCUUGUAAAAGCCGAUGGAUCAGCCCGGGUAACCCAAGCCCCGGAAAUCCCCAAGCUAUUCCGCCGCCAGGAAUACACCUGCCCUACAGGCGACUACACCACAUGCGCCGACGGGUUCGGGUGCUGCGAGCGCGGCGCCCCCUGCACCACCAUCCGCGGCGAGGUCGCCUGCGACACGGGCGAAUGCACGGGUCUUCCUUGCGGGAACGCGGGACUCUGCUGCGACGCGGCUUGUACCUCGUCGCGCGGCACAGCUAUCUGUGUCUAUGGCGGGAGUACCACGGGUGAUACUCAUCCAACUACCUCUACCUCUACGAGCUUUGAUGAUUGGGGUUCUACCACGGCUAUACCGAGUCCGACUAAAUCGGAUACGGAUUCUGGUGAGGGGCCUAUUACAUCUACGUCGACUACGGGUGAGACGAGCGAGGGUCCGACGCCUACUGCGACUUCGUCUGGGGGUGAUGAUGGUGGCAGUGAUAGCAGAGUGACAGCUACGGUGACGAUUACUAUUUCGCCUGAUGGAGAGCCUUUCCCUACCUCUUCGAGUGACGGUGCUGGGGUCCGGAGUGGUGAUAGCGGGGAUGGUGGUGCAGGGAUGGUUUCGCCCCGGGGAGCGUUUGUUGUCUUAGGGCUGGUGUUUGUUGGUGGGUUGUUUCUGGCUCGAUAGUGGUGUAUACGGGAUGGAUAUGGUUGUAUUGCUAUGGCAUGUAUGUAAUAAAUGUAUAUUAUUAUGAUAUUAUACAUUAGGACUGUUAGGUUGCUGUUCUCUUGGAUACAUGGUUUGUAUUCAGCUUGUCCUUAUGAACUAAGGAUUUGAAUUACUGUAGACUGAGGAUUCACUUAAUUCAACCAUACAAGCAAACUCACUAAAAAAUUGAUAUUGUUUGCAUUUCGCAAU